AGGGCGUUGUUCGGAUGUCAGUCCGAACUGAGGAGUCGACUCCCACCAAGUGUCACUCGCGGCUAGCCUGACUCGCUGGUAUAUGCGAAUGAUUCACGGGGGAAAGAUGGUCGCGAGCACCCGUGUACAGAAGCUCCUCAGACGGUAUAAACUCGUGAUCGCGGCCGGUUUAACGAUCUUGCUGGUCCAGGGGCUGGUGGUAUGGAGCCUGCGGAGUCUUGAGGAGGGAGAGGCCGAGCGAAAGCACAGACGCUCAAAGUUGCCCGACCACAAUGGCCAGGAGCAGAAUCUGGACCCUGCUAUCUUUGAUUCUGGGGCAAACCACGGUCAAUGGAGGCUGCGCCAGGACCAACCCGCGGUCACCGCUAUCAUCAGGAGAGGGUCCAGACGGAGAAACAAGCCCCCUUUGAAGGACAAGAGUUUUGGCGGGCCUGAAGAUGGAGUGGCGGUCGAAAAAGUCGCCCAUUAUGAUCCGUCAAGCAGCCGUAACUUCAGCGAGACGCGGGCAGGGGAAACGGCCAAAAUCCAUCUGGUGGCACCGGGAGAGCCUGGCAGCGUUGAAGGUGCCCCACAGGUCCCGAGCAGUGACUUUGUGCCCAAAUGUGAGAUCUCGGGCAAGGAUGCCCUGUCUGCCCUCCACCGCGCGGGUUCACGGCAGUGCAGACAGGAGAUUGCCAACAUCGUGUGCCAACACCAAGCAGGACAGCUCAUGCCUCAGUCUCUGCCUCAGUUUUGCCCACAGCAUGUGAUCUCCAGCGCCGUCCAGCAUGUGGAUUUUGCUGAUGCUGACCUCUCUAAGGUGGAGAACCCAGUCAGGGUUGUUUUUGUGCUGGUGGUUCACGGACGAGCAGUUCGACAGUUGAAGCGUCUCCUGAAAGCUAUAUAUCACAAGGACCACUUUUAUUACAUCCACGUCGACAAGCGCUCCAACUACAUGCAUCGGGAGGUGUUGAAGAUGGCGGAGCUCUACCCCAAUGUGAGAGCCACACCCUGGCGCAUGGUGACCAUCUGGGGUGGAGCCAGUCUGCUGAAGGCCUACCUGCGCAGCAUGCAUGAUCUGCUGUCCAUGCUGGACUGGAAGUGGGACUUCUUUAUCAACCUCAGUGCCACUGACUUCCCCACAAGGACCAACGAUGAGCUGGUGGCUUUUCUCUCCCAGAACCGUGACAAGAACUUCCUCAAGUCUCACGGCAGAGAGAACGCGAGGUUCAUUAAGAAGCAAGGUCUGGACCGCCUGUUUCACGAGUGUGACAACCACAUGUGGCGUCUGGGUGAGCGCACCAUCCCCGAGGGACUGGAGGUGUCAGGAGGCUCGGACUGGUUUUCUCUCACACGGAAAUUUGUGGAGUAUGUGGUGAACUCGCAGGAUGAGCUGGUGACAGGACUCAAGCAGUUCUACACCUACGCCCUUCUGCCUGCUGAGUCUUUCUUUCACACAGUGUUGGGAAACAGCCACAUGUGUGAUACUCUGGUGGACAAUAAUCUCCGCGUGACCAAUUGGAACCGGAAGUUGGGCUGCAAGUGUCAGUAUAAGCAUAUAGUGGACUGGUGCGGCUGUUCACCAAAUGACUUCAAACCCUCAGACCUCAUCAGAAUACAGCAACUAACUCGGCCUACAUUCUUCGCCCGUAAGUUCGAGUCUACAGUGAACCAGGAGGCUAUCGAGAUCCUGGACAAUCAUCUGUAUGGGCAGUACCCUCCUGGCACAGUGGCACUGAAAGCAUACUGGGAAAGCCUGUUUGAGCAGGCAGAUGGGGUCUCGUCCCUCAAUGAUGUGGCCCUCACAGCGUACUCCUCCUUUUUUAGACUGGGCCUCCGUAGGCAAGAGACCUCUCAAAGCAGUUCUGAGGCCUGCAGAUUUGAACCCAUUGGUUACCCCGUCUCAGUGCACCUGUAUUUUUAUGAUGACCGUUUCCAAGGAUACCUGGUCAGGCAGGAGGUGCAGAAUAUGGUGACCAGGUCCCGUGAGAUGCUGGAGGUGUGGGCUGUUCCUCAAGCAACCCUGCAGCUGGAACACAACCUUCAUGAGUUUGAGCGCCUCAAACACCUCGAGGUUGGAACCGAAUGGGACCCCAAGGAGCGAAUCUUCCGCAACUUUGGUGGUGUGAUGGGACCUCUAGACGAGCCGGUGGCCGUUCAGAAGUGGGCCCGUGGACCCAACCUGACGGCCACUAUAGUGUGGAUUGACCCAGCGCACAUAGUAGCAGCGUCCUACGACAUCAGCAUAGAUGUUGAGGCAGAAUACACGCAAUACAAGCCCCCCCUUCAGCGCCCCCUCAGGCCUGGAUUGUGGACGGUGCGGGUGCUGCGGUUGUGGGAGCGUGUAGCAGAAGCACGAUUUCUGGUCAUGCCUCUAGCCUUCAAGGGACGUGAGCCGUUGCGCACAGACCACGGCUGGGUGCACGCAGGUCCUCCGGGUAACGUUUACCUAGAGCAAAGCUUCCAGCAGCUCGCCCAUGUGUUAAAGCUGCCUCCAAGUGAGCCGGCCCUGCAGGAGGCACAGAAGAAGACCUCGCUGGUGGGGAAACCACUGGAGGCUUGGGUCGACAGCUCCGUGGGCGCUUUCUGGGUCACUGGAGAUACUUGCUCCGAGCGCACCUCCUCCUGUCCCACUAUAGGACUCUGCUCCAAAACCUCCUGGAGCUCCUUGUCUCCUGACCCCAAAUCAGAACUGGCACCUGUCAAAGCUAACGGUCGCAUUAGGUAGCCUCGCAAGCUCAGAAAAACUGAAAAUCAGUGAUGUUUACGAGUGGUGGUCUUCAAGACCAUCCUAAUACUAGUUAAAGCACCUCCUGUCGAGGUCGGGAACUAGUCGAGCGCGGAUCUGUGAGAGGAAUUGAUGUUUUGCACACGAAGACUGUCAGACGUGCACAUGUACGAGUCUUGCUUAUGUUCAGAUAAACACCUUGUUACAAGAGUCUUAUUAGCA